AUGCCUAUUUAUCUUUUUUCUUCUUUUAUUUUCUUCUUCUUUCUUCUGCUGUUCGUUUCUUUCUCACCUUUCAUAUAUAUUUUAUUUAUUUCUGUCACCACCAUCCACUUCCUCAAUUUCCCCAAUACUUUACCAUUUUUAGCAUCCCGUUCAAGAGAGUCAAAUCCAAACGAUUGUUCCACACCAUCUCGUUUGCAUAUAUUAAAUGGUCAUGAUACAGGAAAUUGCCGUUUGGAUGCUGUCGUAUCUAAAUGCACUUCCGGUAUUUUCUUCUCAUUUUAUUAUGCUUGUUUUUCUCAUUAUUAUCUGUUUUUUUCAUUUCCUUCUCGUCUUCGCGCGCCACAGUUUUUCGUUUUCCAUGUGUUUUGUUUAUCUGUUUUUUGUUUUUUUUCUAAUUUUUCUCGCCAACCCGUUUUUUUUUCAUUUUGUCUUUUCUAUUUCUUCUGCUUUCUUUCUUUCUGUAUUUCUCGUCUUUUUCUUUUUCUUUUAUCACCUACUUUGAAUUUCUUUCUUUCUUUGCAUAUGUUGCUCGUUUCUUUCUUUCAUUCUAACCAUUACUUCAUUGUAUGUUUCUUUUUCUUUACAAUCGACUUCUUCCUUCCUUUCUUUCUUUCUUUCUUUCUUUCUUUCUUUCUUUCUUUCUUUCCUAUACUACCUUCCAAGGUUAUUUCUUUCUGUCAUUUUCUUUCUUCUUUCUGUUUUUCUUUCUUUCUGUUUUUCUUUCUUUCUUUCUUUCUUUCUUUCUUUCUUUCUUUCAUUCUUUCUUUCUUAUACUACCUUCCAAGGUUAUUUCUUUCUGUCAUUUUCUUUCUUUAUUUCUUAUACUACCUUCCAAGGUUAUUUCUUUCUGUCAUUUUCUUUCUUUCUUUCUUUCUUUCUUUCUUUUUUCUUUCUUUUUCUUUCUUUCUUUCUUUCUUUCUUAUACUACCUUCCAAGGUUAUUUCUUUCUGUCAUUUUCUUUCUUUCUUUCUUUCUUUCUUUCUUUCUUUCUUUCUUUCUUAUACUACCUUCCAAGGUUAUUUCUUUCUGUCAUUUUCUUUCUUUCUUUCUUUCUUUCUUUCUUUCUUUCUUUCUUUCUUAUUUCUUUCCUUUCUUAUCCUACCUUAUUUCUUUUCUGUCAUUUUCUUUCUUUCUUUCUUUUCUUUCUUUCUUUCUUUUCUUUCUUUCUUAUACUACCUUCCAAGUUAUUUCUUUCUGUCAUUUUUUCUUUCUUUCUUUCUUUCUUUCAUUCUUUCUCUAUUUUUAUUUUUUUCUACUUAUUAUUUGAUUCCUCGCCCCCCCCACCACUUUCUUUCAUUUUCUGCUUCUUUCUUCUCUUUCUUCUCUUUCUCGCAUUCCUUUUUACUUCUCUCCAAACUCAUCUGCAGCAGACUUUCUCCAACUGUAAAUUAG